CUUGCAGGACCAUUCCUGGACGUGGCAAUAAACAAAAGGUCCUCUGCUCCCUCCAAUCGAGAUACCCCAGGUUACGGGCCGAGAGUCUGCUGUAACAAUCCUCCUGUUCCUCCCUCGGGCAUAUCGCGUCACUGCACCAUCAUGGAAGGCAGCUGCCAAUGCGGCACCGUGCGCUUCCGUACCCCUCUGGACAAGCCCAUCAAGUGGUACAUCUGCCACUGCUACGAAUGCCGCCGCCAGAGCGCAAGCGCCUUUGGCAUCUCGGCCAUCUUCCCACACUUUGAUCUGCUUUCCCAGGCCUCAGCAUCGGACGUGGCGUCUAAUUCGGCAUCGGAAUCACAGGGGAAGUCGGAUCCGGAAGGAGGAGAAGGGGAUGCGGGUCGGGAAAGUGAAUGGAUCGGGAUUUAUGAGCAUUCCAGAACGACCUCCGGGCGAGCCAAAAAGUGCUACUACUGCAAAAGGUGCGGGACCCGGAUUAUGAAUGUCAGCGUGGCUCCCUCGGGCAUGUCAAGCCAUGUCGCUGUCAAGGGAGGGUGUCUGGAGGGCAUUGACGGAGACAUCUUCAGCAAGGCCACGCAUAUCUGGACCAAGAGCGCAUUGGUGCCAAUUCCAGAGGGCGCCGAGUCCUAUCCCGAGGAGCCUCCCCCAAGAGCAUAGUAAACGGAUGGGAAGGGACUUUGGGGGGCUAGGAGCAACGAAGAAGCGAUCGCUGCGUGGGAUCAGGGCUAUGGUAAUCCCUAUCAAUUCUAUAUUAUAACCGC